AUGCACCAAAGAACGCUUCUGCAGAUCCCCCUGUCACUACCCGAUCCGUCUUGGGAGCACGCCCUGUUCCGCAAAUGCCUGAACAGCUUCCAGGGUAGCCAGUGGUCUCUGUCGGGCUCCGAGCAGUUCGCUCUGCGUUAUGCUGAUGGUCCUCAGCUGUAUAUCACGGAGCAGAGCCGCGGUGACAUUAAAAACGGGACAAUCCUUCGAUUAGCAAUUUCCCCAGCUCGUGCUGCCAGACAACUCUUGGAGAGGAUUCAGUCACAUGGUAUAGACGCUCGCCUCGAGGCUUUAAAGGAGCUCGCAAAGCUGUCUGCAGAUCCCACUUUCGCAGCAGAGUUCAUCAAUAUGGAGGGCAUAGGAACGCUGGCUCGGCUGGUAGAGAGUGGCACUCAUUUCGGGGAGAUGUUGGCCUUCACUCUCACCGCUUUCCUGGAGUUGAUGGAUCACGGCAUCGUGUCCUGGGAUCUUAUCUCGCUGUCCUUCAUCAAACAGAUCGCAGGCUAUGUGAACCAGCCCAUGGUAGAUGUGUCCAUCCUGCAGCGCUCCUUGGCAAUCCUGGAGAGCAUGGUCCUGAACAGCCACAGUCUGUACCACCGGGUUGCCCAAGAGAUCACCGUGGGACAGCUCAUCGGGCACCUGCAAGUGUCAAAUCAGGAAAUACAGACCUACGCCAUCGCGCUCAUCAACGCCCUUUUCCUGAAAGCACCGGAGGACAGACGGCAGGUGGAGUAUACUAACCCCCUGGAGCAGCACCUCACUGAAAUGGCGAGCAGUUUGGCUCAGAAACACCUGCGGUCCAUCAUUCUUAACCACGUCAUCAGAGGAAAUCGACCGAUCAAAGCAGAGAUGGCACAUCAGCUGUACGUGCUGCAGGUGUUGACCUUCAACCUCUUAGAAGAAAGAAUGAUGACCAAAAUGGAUCCCAAUGACCAGGCUCAGAGGGAAAUCAUUUUUGAGCUGCGUAGAAUCGCCUUUGACGGAGACACUGAUCCCACCGGUACAGAGAAGAGGAAAGCAAUAUACACCAAGGACUACAAGAUGCUAGGAUUCACUAACCACUUGAACCCGGCUAUGGAUUUUACCCAGACUCCCCCUGGGAUGCUAGCUCUUGAUAACAUGCUGUAUCUGGCCAGGGUUCAUCAGGAUACUUACAUCAGGAUCGUCCUGGAGAACAGCAGUCGGGAGGACAAGCAUGAGUGUCCCUUCGGCCGCUGUGCGAUUGAACUCACUCGAAUGCUGUGUGAAAUACUCCAGGUUGGAGAGCUGCCUAACGAGGGCUGCAACGAUUAUCACCCCAUGUUCUUCACGCAUGACCGAGCGUGGGAGGAGUUCUUCUGCGUCUGCAUCCAGCUGCUUAAUAAAACAUGGAAGGAGAUGAGAGCCACAGCUGAGGACUUCAACAAGGUGAUGCAGGUGGUCCGGGAACAGAUCACCAGGGCUCUAGCGAUGAAGCCGUCCUCUAUAGACCAGCUGAAGAACAAGCUGCGAUGCCUCAACUAUUCAGAGAUACUGCGUCUGCGGCAGUCAGAGAGAAUGAGCCAGGAUGACUUCCAGUCUCCUCCCAUCAUUUUAGCAACACAAUAUAUUCUUCACUUGCUGCUAAAAACCCCUGAACUGCUCCACUGUGACAAAACAUUUACAAUUAUUCUGUUGUGUUGUUUUUUUGUAGAGAAGUUCUGGUUCUGCCGAUUAUCUCUUAACCACAAAGUUCUGCACUAUGGGGAUUUGGAGGAGUCACCUCAGGGUGAAGUGCCUUUUGAGCUGCUAAGUGACAAGAUCCCUGUCUCAGACAUCAAGUCUGUGUUAACAGGAAAGGACUGCCCUCAUAUGAAAGAGAAAAGUGCUCUGAAACAAAACAAGGAGGUGCUGGAGUUGGCCUUCUCUGUCCUCUACGAUCCGGAUGAGACCCUUAAUUUUGUUGCACCAAACAAAUACGAGUAUUGCAUCUGGACCGACGGGCUGUGUGCGCUGCUGGGCAGAGAGAUGGGCAGUGACCUGACACGCAGCGACCUAGAUACCCUCAUCAGCAUGGAGAUGAAGCUCCGCCUCCUCGACCUUGAGAACAUCACCAUCCCAGAAGCCCCGCCUCCAGUGCCAAAGGAGCCUAGCUCUUAUAACUUCUCCUACAACUACAGCUGAGUCAUAUGUAUACUUCAGAGUGUGCUCGAAAGCCAUGCAUGUAUAUGUUGAUUUAAAAAUAUAUAUGUUUACUCAUCUUUUGAUGAAUUUAGCUGCUUAUAUUUAUAACAGCUGAUUUCUUUAUCUUCUAUCAAGAACUUAACACACGUGUAUGAAGCAGAGUCAGAUUUGAACUAAAUGGGAUCAUAGAUUAAUGGUGAGGUCAAAGAUUAAACUGCUAAACAGACGGGAACCCUGGUAGCAUCUUCAUAUCAUGUAAUUAACAUGUAGAAAAUGGAACUUGCAGUAAAAUAAUGAAAGUGAAGCUAAAUCAGACAGUGUGUAGUAGCCAUGGAAACUGGAGAUGAAAGGCCUUCUGUUGGAGCUUCAACCGUGCUGCUUAUCUAUGGAGUGAAUUUUGUUUAAUUAUUGCUGCAUGCAAAGAACAUGUUUAUAAAUGGAAACUAAAAAGAAUAAAUAAAUACAAUCCAGAAAUAGAUCUUAAAAAAA